UCUGAUUGGUCAAUCUCAUUCUAUAUUUAUAUAUCUGCAACAUUUCACCACAUUUUUCUUUGCACGGCUGACAGGGAAGGUAUUAACGUUGCAGGAUUCGGAGAAGAAAUUUUUCAUAUUCGGUCUCAAAAGUACAUUCGAAAAUGUCUGGGAUUUCGCUCACCGAUGUAAACAAGUAAGUGUAAAGCUUGCGAUGUUUGAAUUUGAUUAUCAAUGGACGAUUUUAUACGAGUUUAUAUACAUUGUGUGUAAAGCUGCAAAAAUGCAGUCAGCUGAGACGAGUUCCAUUUGACUACAUCACUUAAUUCUAUGUUAUCAAUUGUUUAUUUUCUUUUAUUUGUAGCUAUAUUGACCAGCACAUGGUAUGUAUGAAACGCAACGUGUUAUAUUUUAAACAUUGCUUGUUUAUGCGGUUAUAAUGCCUUAUUAUUAUUUGACACUGUGUAUUUACAUACAGGUACAUAUAUUCAAAAAUAUUAGAAUUCGGUAUAUUUCAAAGUAAAUUACUAUAUUUAAUAAGCUGUAGUUAUCCUAGAGCGAUAGUAAAUGUUUUGUUUCGAUUUCUCAAUCUAAUAUCAUGGCAGCCAAGUCUCCAAGCAUUCUCCUAGUUAAAUUCUAGUUUCCCAGAAGGUGGUUUCAGUUGCAAAACUGGUUUAUGACAGGACUGUAACAGGUUUGCCCUUGUUCUUAACAAUAGUAAACACUAUGAGAUUUGAAACUUGUUUAUUAGCUUCAUAAAAUUCCAGACUGAAUUCCCAGUAUUUCUUCAGUGUUCCCGUCAUCGAGUUACCAGGUAUCAAUACCCAAGGUCAAUAACUUAUUUUGUGUGCUUGCUUGUCAUAAUGUAUACAGUACACAGCUAUAGUUGAAAUUUUAUACCCACCAAGGUAGAGGGGACAGCUUACAGUAACCCUUCAUCGAAAAGGUGGCAAUAGAGACAAUGUUGUGCCCUGCAUAUCAAGAUACAUUGCUUAAAUGGGCCCUACAGUCAUUUUUUAGUCGAAAAGCCACCUUAAGUAGGGGACUCCACAGAGAUUUGUUUGGCUGUAUCUUACAUGCAGGGCCCCUUUAAUAUUUUUAUGUGUUUAUCCAGGAAUUAUGUCCACGAACAUAGGAAAUAAAAUCUUUGUGGGAAACUACUGCAGUUCAUAUUCAACGAGAAAGCUACUAUGCACCAACCAAAACUUUUUAUUUUGCAUUGUACACAAGAUUUGUGUAAAAUGCAUUCUGACCCGUACAAUUUUCCUGUUCCUGUUAUUAAGUUGUGCCCAAUGCAUCUUUAUUAAUAACUACGGAGCAUUUGCAUGCUUGCAACUUAUAAUGGGUUAAAUAAUUAUAAGCAAUUUUAGUAAUUGUGUUAGGAAAUUUUACAAAAUAAGCUAUAAUUAGCACACAUAAUAUUAUUGACUGCUGUUAGCUUGCAUAUACUAAAAACAGCAGGAUACUUAAAACCCACUGGGUUAAUAUCUAAUAAAUUAUUAAACCCAUAGUACUCUUCCUUGAUUAAAAUGCAGGAUCAAAAUUAAUUAAAUUGAUCACUUUAAUUAAGUAAUCACUUAUGAUGUAUGGGUGUAUGCUAGCAGUAUUCUGGUAUCCUGACAAUACCAGUUUAGAAUUUUGGAUACCAGAUGUUGAAACUUGGUAUUCAAUUUGAAUACCGAAGAAGGUCUUGCCUGUAUGCCUAAGCCAUUUUCACUUCAACUUGUUUAAUUAAUCAAGACAAUUACAAAAGUUUUAGCAUUUUAAUAUUGCAGAUAUCAAACUCUGUCAUUAGUAAUGGCAUUAAACCUCUUACAUUUAGUGAACUUUUGAUUUCAUGGCAACUAAGUAUAAUAUAAUACUGGUAUGUUGAAAGCAUGUUUUAUUUUGAGAAUUUGGUUAGCAGAUUUUAGUUUCGAUACCAGGCUAAGAAAUGCUGGUAAUCCAUAAUGGCAUGAGAUUUAUGAGUGGGUUUAAAAACUGAAAUUCGAACUGCACGGAAUUCAAGUUAGUGACAAUCCAUGGCUAAUCACCUCAGACUGGGACAAACUGCUUGUAUCUGAAAUUCUAUCAUGUCUUCAUUUUCAGAUUUGAAAUAUUACAUCAUAAUAUACUAUAUAAUUAUAGUUAACUAUUAUAUUUAUGAAUUACUGCUCUCCCCUUGACAAGUAAAGUUGUCUGCCAUUAGACAGAGUAAAUAAUAAACUAGGGUGCAUUGUGGCAUAAUGCAACUUAAUGGGUUAGUACAGUAUAUAUAAUUAAGAAUCGAGAAUACAAUGUAGCCUACAUGUAUUUGCAGGCGAGGUACUGUCAGUAUGAAUAUUUUGGUUAAAUACUGGCGCAUGUAAUUACUAUUAAUCUAUUAUAAAUAUAUUUAAGAAUGCAGAGUGCAAUAUACCUGUAUAAAUUUACUCGUACUACUACCCAAUGAACGUAUAUUUGGGCUAGUACAAACUCUAUGUACAUAGUUAGGACUCCAGGUGUACUGUACUUAGGAGCAUAAUUGCGUACAUAAAUGCCUACAGUUUAUUCCAACAUUACUUAGUAGGGGGGGGGGGGGUGAAUAGGGGUAUACAAAUCCGCCGAUCCGCCCAAAUUUGAAACAAAAUCCGCGAUCCGACAAUGGUCUUGUCUAAAUUUGAAUCCACUAAAAGCUCUACUAUGAAGUCCAAAUCCAGGAUUCGAACUAAAUUGCAAGCUAAAUCCACAAUCCGAGCCCAAAUAUUAUAUAAAUCCGCAAUCCGCUAUAUUAAUAAGAUCCGCAAACCGUGUAAAAUAUUCGCCAGAUCCGAAAUCCGAACAAUUUUUUCUGUGAAAUCCGACGAUCCGAAAACCUAUUCACCCUCCCCCCCCCCCCCCCCCCCCCCUCCCCCCUUAGUCCCAUUGGUUCAGUCAUGUUUCAUGCCAGAAUAUGCCAGAAUUACAUGGUAAUAUAUACUGCAGUUGCUAUACAUGAAUUUGGGGUUAGAGCUCGACAACUGUUUCUCAGUAGUCCAGUUGGUCAGAGGGCUGCACCGGCCACAGGACCUAAAGUUGCAUUUUUCCCAACUGCUCCUGGUUAGGUGUGAUAAAUGUAUAAAAUUCACGCUCGAAAAUUUCAUCUACAAAACGCUUCUACAAUUACUUUUGUUCUAUGGAGUGCAAUAAUCAAAAUCCUGAUAGCAAGUGUGUCGCCAGCUUUUAAGAUGUAAUUGCAUGGCUGAAGAAAAACCAAAUCAUAAUAUUGGCGUACAUCCUGUACGUAAUUUGGCGCGAAUUAUUGCACCCUAGCCGGAAAUGCGUGGUUCUUUUGCUUAAAACAUACAUUCAAGCAUAAAUUCAAGCAUGCAGCUAGUCCUGGUUUAGGUCUAAUCAUAUAGAAAAUUCACACUCGAACUAGUUUCCGAUCUGCAAAAUCCUUCAAACGAGUGCAAACCUCGCAAUGACGUUUGGGUGUCAAUCUUAUAUGAUUUCUAAUUCCACAAUUUAUUGCAAAUGUUCAAAAAUGCUUUCUAAUAUUGGGUACUUUAUAAACUUUACCUGAAAAAUGUUUUCUUCGCAACAUAAUGCAUAUAUAUAACAAUCAUAAUGCGUACAUAAUGUUUAAUUUAGAUCGCUGUUGGUGGUUUUCCGUUUACGUCAAUGCUUAAGCUUAGAGUACAAGGUUAUUUUUUAAUAUGGCGACAUUAACAAAAGCACGGCAUGGAAACGAUAUAAAAUGCAUAUUCAACUCGCUGUUCUUGUAAACAUCAAAGCAAGCGAACAAUGCCUGACUGUGUCUGUGAUAUACAAUACAUACAGUACUGUCAUUACUGUGUAGUUGUAAAGUGCAAACAUGAGUAAAGUCUUGUUGCGUACCAGUUAUAUGGCAAGUUUCGGAGUAAACAACCAAAUUUGUUGCCGUACAACCGGACAGAUACCCUUGACUUGACGCUCUUAGAAAAAGGCAAGACACAUGAAAUGCGUAAAGAAACGAAGAGAGCAGACAGAGCCUCCGGACAAAUCGAUUGCGAACAUAAUAUCAUUACUGGAUUAGGUUCAGUAAUCCUUCAUGUAUAUCUAGUCAUCAUAUGUAGUCAAAACUACUCAAACACGUAGCUAGAGCUAUAUAUUUUCCGAUCCAAGUUGACGUAAUCAAUUUGCAAUCUCCCCAUGUACAGAUCUUUGUCAAAAAUGGACCUCAGAACUGAAACUUUCAUGCUCAAACAGGCUAUAAUUCGUAGCGGUCUUUGAAAUCCUUGAAAGUCUUUAAAUUUGAAUGCAGGUCUUUAAAGUGCCUAUGACACGAAAUUUCACCCCAGAGGUUUAUGGUUGCAUUGUAAAGAUCACUUAAAAUGACUUAAUUAUUUCUUUUAUAGAAUUUUGGUAACUUGAUCCGUUUUCAAGAUAUUUAACUUUGUUUCAUAUGCAAAUAUAUCACCGUUGUGACAUCACAUCACAUAAUGAGUUUUCAGAAAAAUGUAGUUUUCUUGACGAAUACGUAUCUAAAAAACUUAACAAUUGCCCUUGUAUAUGUAUUAACUGGUAAUUAACCCUCUGUAUUUGUUUGUAAAAAUAUUUUAUCAAGGUAAAAUAUUGCGUUUUCAAAAUGUCAUGCGAUGUGAUGUCACACCGGUGAUAUUUGCAUAUGAAACAAAGUUGAAUAUCUUGCAAAGGAAGCAAGUUACCAAAAUUCUAUAAAAGAAAUUAUUAAGUCAUUUUAAGUGAUCUUUACAAUGCAAUCAUAAACAUUUGGGGUGAAAUUUCGUGUCAUGGGCACUUUAAAGGUCUUUGAAAAGCCUUUUAAUUGUGUGAAAAAGCGAACAAAGUCUUUUAGUUUUGACGUGUUAAAAAGAAUCAAUCAAAGUAUUACCGAACGUCGUGCAUUCGUUUGGAGUAUCCUCCCCCAAUAUUCAUCCAAAUUCAGCAAAAGAGUUUAAUCAGUUUGUCCUUAGCCCGCGCCCAUGAAUUAGCAUCACGAAUUCUUGUAUUAAUUAGAAGCUUAUUUCAUAGACUUGCGUUAUUUUGUUGACGGACAAACACACACAGAAGCAAGCAGUUGUAUUGCAUUGUGUGUCUAAGAUAUGUGGUACUUCCCAACGGAUGAUUCCAGCAGACGAAAUUUUUAUCUAGACCAGAAGGACGAAAUCCAUUACCGUAGCUGGAAAGAGCAUCUUAAAAUGGGUUAAAUUGCAAAGUUUGGUUGCGAAUUGUUGUAAAAUGAGGAAAAUAUAGCCCUGUGAAGUUCGCAAAUUUUGUAUAUAUUUGCAUUACGCGCGGGGAAAAAAACAUAUUUGAGCCGAAAGUGGCUAUUUUUACCGCGUGUAAUACAAAUGUUAGCCCGCGUGCAGGCCCAAGGGAACUGAUAUCAGUUCUGAACUAGUUCUGAUACAAGUGCAUCAUGGUCUCUAAAUGGCAAGUGUCACACUGUAGGUUCUCAAUCUGCUAUAUAGAGAGAUGCGGAUUGCUUGAGCGGGAUUCAACUGCCUAAAAAUACACUAGUAAAACUUCCACGUUGGCAUAUGCGGGAUUUCACUCAGACGGAUUUUCAGAUUUUGAUCGGGGACUGGGGAUGCCAAAAAUGCAGAGUGGGAUGUGAGCGCCACCGAGCAAGCUGUAGCAGGGGUCUGGGGCACAGUUACCAAUGGGGGUAAGAGGGCGAAGCCCCCAGAACAUUUUGAGAUUUUUGGUCCUAUUUAGUUCAAAAUCGUUAUUUCGACCACAGUACUGCAUGUCAUUUAUCCCAAUGAGUAUUUAAAUUUUAUGUGCGUCCAUGGUUUUACUGUGCUGUAUAUAAUUGGUUGCUACAUCAUCGCGUCUUUUGAUAGUUUAUGCUUCCAAAAGUAAGCGAUAAACAAAGUAAUCUUAUAAGAUAAGGAAUCUGCAGAUUAUCCAGUACAUCCGCCAGCCACUUUUAUACCUAGGACUGUAAAGCUGGGUGCAGAUGAGCAAGUGCUCUGUUUUCACAUACUCGUUGCAAGUUCUAUAAUUUUUGGAGUGUCCAUUGUUUUGUGUUUUAUUAAGUUUGUUUGUCAAUCGCACAUGUGUAUAUAUACAGCUAUUUCAAUUAAGGUUGUCCCCGAAUAAAGCGGAACAGUUGAAUACGAGCUAUGCAAAUUAACUAAUUUUUUAGCGAUUCCCAGCCGCCUUUCGCGCUCGCAUUCGACUUUUCCGCUUUGCUCGUGGACAACCUUAUUUGAAAUAGCUAUAUACAUACAACAGAUUUUCUAUGAAAAGUUUUGACCGAUUCUAUAACAAGCAUUGCAGGGAAACGUCCAUAUAUGGACAUAUACAGACGCGCGCAAAUAAAAGUUGUCAUAGUCAAACAAGAUUUGCUCGUCUGUAAGCGGCUUCCAAGUUUCCUUGUCUCUGCUUUUCCGAAUGUACAAUUCGUAAGACAUUUCCAUUUGCACCCUUUAUUUCAGUAAUAAUGAUGGAUUUAAUAUUUAACUUACAGGAGGAUUUCAAGCAAGGCCUAAAGGAUGCAGUUGUUAUCCAGAGUGUAUCUUCGAAAAAAGAAGACCGGGGCUUCGUCAUUGAAAUGGUCGACUCUGUUGCAUUGGUAUGGAUUAAAUAGUUGUUAUAAUUGUAGUAUUCACUGUGUAUAAGUAGAUGAGACCACGGACAGAAUUAGUUUUGCGCACACGGUCACGUAUAAGAAAUGUAAUGUCUUUGACACGCAAUUUGAUACUCCCAUACAGUAUAUACAUCUAGAAUAAUCUUAAAUUCAAAGUAUUAGAAAAGUUUUAUCGCGCUUUUUUUUCAGAGAAUGGAAAAGGAUUUAGGUAUGACAGUAACUAAGAAGGAUCUUGGUGAUGACCCACUGUACCCGGGUGAAGGUAUCAAACUUCCUCCUGUGAUACUGGCUUCACUUGGCAAUGAUCCCACCAAGAAAACUGUAAGUAAACAAUUAAAUCCAGCUACAUCAGAAAAGCUUGCCAGAUACGGUGAUGGCCAAGUGUUUUGCUUUCAGCUAGCUGGCCAAAUAUCUGUUUUCAAGUGAUCGGGGUCUACGUAUACAUGCAUCUACUGAGGAAUUGGGAUAAGGUUUUCACCAUAAUUUGUAGUUUGUUCAUUCAACACGCAUUUUAUACGAACUAUUCGUUAAAUACCAGUUUUCACUUGCACAUUGUCCAGUGUUUUCGGCGUUGUCCGUGGUUUGAAACAACGCCAGACUUUGGUGGAAAUACUGGGAGAGAUUGAAAAAUCUUUAGGGGUGGUGCAACUGUCUGGCCCACAAUCCCCCCCCCCCCUUGGGAUGAUAGGGCUUGGGACGUUGAUUGGCCUUUUGUGAUUGGCUACUGUAUAUUCGCGCGUUCGCUGCCCAAUUGAUGUACUGUAGAGUAUCUUCUGUAGAUAUUGUGGGGUGUUUACAGAAAUAUAUGUAGUUACAUAAAGGGUCUUGUAGAUGGAAAUUAACGAAAAAAAAAUUAUAUGCAUUAAAGCAGGGCCGCAGGUUGAGCUAAAGUUGCCUUUUUUGCAGUUGUUCCUGGUUGGGUAUAACAAAUGCAUAUUUAACAAUUAUACCAUGAGCUCGAGUCGUAUAUGAACUGAUAGCCGAUGAGGUGCGUAGCACCGAGUCGGCUAUCAGCCAUACACGACGAGAGCGAAUGGUAUAAUUGUUUUAUAAUAUAGUCUAAUAGCCAUGAACUGAAGCAAUAAUUAAUUAUCCUCUGUUACAAUGUCUUGGCAAUUUGUUCGGUCAAAAACCGCUUGGCCUUGAAAAUUUGAAAUACUGUUGUUUUACAACUCGAAGACGAAGACACGAAGUGAAAGAAAUGGUUUUAGAACCGGUAUAUCUCACAGAAAUGCUCAGAUAUAUUAUACAGAUGUUUGGUAGUAUAGCAAGUGCUUGUUGACUGCAAAUUCAUUUGUCUUUCGUUGCAAACUUUUCUGAACAAUUUAUAUUCUCAAUGUCAAUGAAUAUGUUUUUUUCGCUGUUGUUGCGGUAAUGAAUAAUUCUAUAAAAACCUUGUAUUUAAACUAAUUUCUAUGUAAUAAAUGUAUUUUGCUAACCUGUCAAAUUUGUUUGAGAGUUUUUCCUUGUAGUAUUAUCUUUCUCAAAGCGAAUAUUUUCCGUUUUUCUGCUUCGCAAAACUCAUGUACUGUAGUUUUUGGACCGCCAUCUUGUUUUUCGCUACUCGCCAUAUAUGAGCUGAUAUACGGCGAGUAAUUCAACCAAUCAGAUUGCAAAACCGCUCAUAUACGGUGAAUGACUAUAUUAUAAAAACUAUUAUACUAAACUAUUAACAAUGGUACUCUUCUUAAAAUUAACGUUGUUGACUCAAAUUAAUUAGAGCAGUCGACUUUUCCCUCUACAAAAGUAGCUACGCUUUUGCAAUGGUACUGUUUGCAUAUUUUCACCGUUGAGAAUUGGGUCUAAAACUAUUGAAAAUUACAGUAACUCCUUUUAGGAUCGGACUUAAGGUGAUGAAUUUCACUUCAAUAAGAUACAGUACCUGUGUAUGCAUAAUUAUUAUAAAAUCUUGUACACCAGCUUUCGGCUCAUUGUUAAAAUGACACACUCGUGAUUAAUUGCUUCUCCUUUUGUUAUCCACUGCUUUUACUAGGCGCCGAGGUGAAAAUAUGCGAUUUCGACAAACAUUUUUUGUCGGACUCGUUAACUCUAUUUACUCAUUUUUCUCUAUAAUUGAUGAAAAACAUGCCAUUCAACAGCCACCACAAGCCUGACCUUUAUGAUUAUGAAAGAAUUACGUUCAUUCACCGAGUAUAGUUAACGCACAAUGACAUGCUAAAGUUGGAUUACCUUUUUUUAUACACCCUGUACACAGUACUGUAUGUCGUAUAUUUGACGAUAUUUCCAUUUUUUCCUUAGUUGUGUGUCUAUGGUCAUCUUGACGUCCAACCGGCGGAAUUGGUACGUAUUUUACACGAGUAACCAACAAAUAUACUCUAAAAACACCAUACCUAAUUUUAGUGUGCAGUGAUAACCAAUUUGUGCUGUGAUAAAAGUAAAAUGUGCAGUGAUAAAAUGUAAAAUGUGCAAUGAUAAAAUUUGCCGUGAUUAAUUAUAACAAGAAAAUGAGGCAAUGAGCAGAAAAACUGAACUAAAAAUUCAUCUUGACACUUCAGAGUAUUAAUGAAAACUUUUUGAAUAAGAAUAAUAUGAAUGCAAUUGAAAUUAUAACUGCCACAUUAUCGAACGUCCGCACUAAUAUUAUACUGAAGGUUCAUCAGAUGAACAAAGUCUCCUACCAAUUGAAUAUUGAAAGAUCUCUUUAUAUAUGACCUUGCAAGAUGGAGUGAAUGAUACUUAUUUAAUUUGUAAUUAGUGUAUAAUCUUCAGAAUUAUAUACUUAGAAUGUCCCCGCACAUUGUAGGAAAUGCCCUUUUAGAAAGCCUAGAUUAUAGAAUCUUCUGUGGGUGCAUGCCCCUGGAACUCCUUUAGAGGUCUGUCACGCCUAAGCCGCAUUUCAUUUGCCAGUGACGAAAAUAUUUCUUACCUGCAAACAUGUGAAUAUGAAACUAUGCUGUCAUAGAUAGUCGUGUAACUGCAGGUGCUGUCAAGGCCGUCCAGAGGGUGGAGGGGCAAUUUGCCCUGGGGCCCCAGAUAAAGGGGACCCAAAUAAAGAAUAUUAGUGAAAUAUAGAGUGCAGGAUUUGUCCAUUUCUUGGACCUCAGACUUCAAACAUUUUGCGGGGAGAAUACUCCCCUAAUCAUAGUGUUAGAAGAUGGAAUCACGAGGGGGCCCAAGUCCGAUUUUGUCCUGGGCCCCCAAGUAUAUGUUGGUUUUGGCAUUUUUGAAUGGCAUAUGUGUAGUAUAUGUUGGUUUUGGCAUUUUUGAAUAUCAAUUGUAGCCUGUUUUGUGGUUACACAUUAUUAUAAGGACGUGCUUCUGCUCGUGCUUCUGCUCGGCAGCACGUUCUAUAAUUUGAACAAAAAUGUGCAGUGAUAAAAGAUUCUUAAAAUUAGGUAUGAAAAACACUCUGAUGCAUGCGGGUUUCUUGGUCAACCUAGGACCAACAAGCUUUCGUUGGUAGGGUUGCAACUACCUGAAAAAUAAAAGGAAAAUUUCGACAUUUCUGUUUCAAGCGAAGGCCGUUCGUCUGGGAACGUCGAAAUAGUAACUACAGACGAAGGACCUUCCCUCGAAAUUCUCCUUAUGUUUUUCAGGUAGUUGCAUCCUUACCAACCAAAGCUUUUUAUUGCUGCCAAAUGUGACUCGUAACGGAUGAGUUUGCUCGCGCACUGGAAGUUUUUUUCAAAAUCCUUACUAUAUGGAAGUAGUAUAGAUCUUAGUUGAAAGUAGUAUGGAAAUCCAAACAUACUAUGGAUGUAGUAUGGAAAUAGUGUGGAUAUAGUAUGGAUUUAGUGAUGCAUGGUAUGAAUUUCAAAAUUAUGUUUCUUUUGUAGUCUGAUGGUUGGGAUUAUCCUCCGUUUGACAUGACUAUUGUUGCAGAUGCCAUGUACGGUCGUGGAACCACUGAUGACAAGGUACAGUACUGCCAUUCCCCUCCUGACUGUCCUACGGCUUUCUUAAUGUCCACCUUUUAUGGCCCAAAAUCUUAGUUCUCAAAUCUUAGUUAUUUAAAUUCAUACAAUAUACUCCUUAAUUUAUAAGACUGCAAAUGCUUUCAGCUUUGUUACAGAGUUAUUAUGAACGAUUCAAAUGCUUUCAAAUAGGAGGGAGGGAUGGAGGGGGGGGGGGGGGGAGGGGCGAAGCACUUUUACCCAGCAGUUAAUUUGAAUACAGUUUAUCAAAUAUGUUUGAAACGCCCGGUUGAAAGUGUUUACAAUCCCUCAUAUAUUUAAACCAUCCUUUUAUAAUCCUUGCUGUUUUUGUCUGAUUCUUAUCAGAAAUGUACCAAACAAGGUAUUUUAUCGCUAUUUAUUGUAUUUGAGUAAAAUGUAAACAAUAACAAAAGCCCGCAAUGCAUGACCCUGACACUAAUCCUUUAAGCAAGCGCCUUUUUUCAACACAGACAUCACCCGAAAAUUGUUACAACUAAAUUUUACAUGUUUGUGAUGUUACUCUGAGGGCAUAUCCACACCGGGCGAGCUUGAAAAAUAUGCCCGGCCACGGUGGGAUUCGAACCUACGACCUUUGGAAUACUAGCCCAAUGCUCUUCCAACUGAGCUACGCGGUCAGGACGGUUCGAGUAAGUGAUAUUUCGGAACAGUAUCUAGUUCCUUCAAUACCAAUGUGUUCUUGUAAUAUGAAUUUUUUCUGUGCUGGUGUUGUGUACUCAGGUGAAUAAUAUGUUUGUGAUGUUAGCACUCUUGCAAGGAAGCAAAAGCAUUAAAAAUCUUUUGUUUUUGUCAUAAUGAUGUAUUGAGGUUCACCACAACCUGAUACUAAGACAGUUUUUGAUCCACUUCCCCUUCAGCAAUCGAUCUGACGUCCGUGUUGACGCCAAACUCACUUGCUUAAGAAAACCGCGGGAACAUCUUUCCCCGCGAACAUUUUAUGCGUUUUGAAGGCCACGUUAUACAGUCAGUUUUAAUACUUUAAAUCACUGUUUGUACAUAACUACAUACAUGACCAUGCAAGUAAAAAGACAACCGGUGUAACUUGACAAUUUAACACAGACUGUAUUAAAAAAUACGAUUUAACAUUAAAAUGACUGGAGACAAAUGGCGGAAUGCAUAAUCAUUUUGUUUGAAUAUCUUGUAUACCACGGGCGCUUUCCAUUUAAUAGCGAGACUGAUCAGACUAGAAUUUCUCUGUAUUAGUGGAUCUAGUUCAGGAUUCUCAAAAAUCUAGCGAAAAUGAAUCUCCAUCAAAUUUUCCAAAUUUUGAUCAUUUUUCAAAAAUGAUCCAAAUUUUCGGAUUAGAUUGGCCCGAAGUCACAAUUGUAUUGUGCUCCACUCAACAAUUUGACCGUUCUGACCGCGAUCUCGCCCACUGAUCUAAUAGUAGACUGGAUAUAGCUUCUCCAGAUGUGAAAAGUGAAGCCAAAUUAUAUAUGCGAAAAUCACUUCCGGGGACCACGGAGUGAUACAAAUUACUAUAGAAAUGUAAUGGCGAACAACGUGAACCAAGGUGAAUUUUCCCGAAUUUGAGAUACUUUGCGAAGUUUUACCAAGCUCAUGGCUCCACCGUGGGUAAAAGAUGUUAUGUUAAUGCUUUUAAAACGAAAAUUAUCCAGAUUGCCCUAAUAUAUCGUCAGUUUUGCUCGUUCAAAGUUGUCCAUGCGGGAAUAAUAUUUUAUCGCCACAAUGGUAUGACAACACAAUCUCUAGUUUGCUUUCCAAUUACGGAGGCAGAAUAUGAUCUACUAUACUCAAGCAUACUUUUAAAGGAAAGUUAGUAGUUCAUUUUAUCAUUUAUGUUUAACAUUGAUCGACCAGAGGGUUUCAAACUUUCAAUUAUUCAUCUUACUAUGAAGCCUUUUUACAUAAUAUAUUGACAUGAGUUGGUACUAUAAAAGAUAUUUGUACUUUUAGUACUUUUGUAUUUGUUAUUCUGUUAAACUGGAAGGCAACCUUAAUUAAUGAAGCUUUCUGUAGAGUGAAUCUACUUUAAUAAUGAAGUUGAAUAUUUGAAUUAGAAGUUAGAACAACAAAAUUGAUUUAAAAUGUGGGGUGUAUUUAUCAUUCAAUAUCUAAUUGAGUAUAAAUAUAAGAACAAAUAUAAAAUAUAUUCAAAGUUAAUUUGAAAUAAUAAUCUGCUUAAUUAAACCUCAACCACUGAUGGACUCAACUCAUUGAUACCAAAGUAAAAUUGUCAGGCAACUAUAGGCAGUGUAAUAUUCUGACAAUAGAAGAUAAAAUAUACAUGCUUUUUUAGGUUGCCUUGGCCAAUUAUUGAUGAAAUUAUCUCUAAUUUAAGUUUCUAAUUGCAUAUACUUCAAAAGCAUGGUUUCUAUAACCAGUUGUGCUGUUUCCACAAUGUUAAGAAACCCCAGGUGACAAAACACAACAUUUGAACCAAGGCAUGAGAAAGUCCACUAGCAUGCUGCCAGGAAAUUUUUUUAAUCUCACAGGAAAUUUUUAAGGAAAAGCAAGAUAUCAAGAAUGAAGCUCGAGAAAUUUCAAAAAUCAGCACAACCUCGUACCCAGGGCUUCUGCGGCGUGUGCUUAUUGCUCUCUCAGAGCAAUAAGCGCAGAAGCCCUGGAUACUUAAAGUAACAAACAUCACAAUUAGAGCAUAAAUACAACAAUCAUAACAUAAAAAUUUGUAUCAUGUGGGAGUGCUAUAUAAGACUGUCUGUUAUCAUGAUUAUGAUACAUGUGGAAAACAAGGGCGUACUACUAUUAUUGAAUAGUGCAUGAAUACUGAUAUAAAUUCAGAUUUACAAUCUGAAAACAAAAUUCAAAUAUUGUUUCAUAGAAUUCCUUCAUGUCCCUAAUUCUAGUAAACCUAUAUUUUGCUUAAUAUUGAGGUAGUAUAUGACUAAUUAGUAAGGUAGUUGCACAAGUGAACAUAACAAAUACUACAUGUUGAAUGGUCAAAUCUUCCUCUCGGUGAAUACUUCCCAACUAAUCACCUCGCCUUCAGUGAAUAAUUGUUAAAUACAUGAUCAUGUUAUUGAAUUACAACCAAAAUUCAAAUUUAUAAAAAAAAUUGGCAGGAAAUUUUUGGUCUGGGAAGCCUGCUGCCAGGAAGAAAAAUAUUUUAACAAGGGUUAAUUUGAACUGCAACCAGUGUUUCUUUUUUUAAUACCCCUGGGCUUGGGGUGUGUAUAAACCCACAGGCACAUGUAUAGGGUGUCCCCAAAAAUGUCCCCUCUGUUGUUGAUUAAGUACUAUAAUAUAAAGCCUGGUUUCCAUAUGGUCAAAAGAUUGAGUCAUAAUCUUUGUCAUCAGCCGAAAUACAACAUUUUAGAACUGAAAAUAUGCAGAGUGAUUAUAACUAGUGAAUAUUUAUGAUUUAUAUGUGGUUUACAGGUAUAAACUAUUAUAUACUGACCUUUGAGAAAAUUGCAACUAUUUUUAUGACCUUUAUGACCAUAUGGAAACCAGGCUUUACUCACAGUAAUUAGCCAACAACAGAGGGGACAUUUUUUGGGACACCCUGUAUAUGCUGGGAGUUUGGUGGAAAAGCACCAAUGGAUAUUUUACAAUAACAAACGUUUAUAUAUAAAUGAUCAAAAUUAAUGAACAAUACACUCUGCCUCUCAGCCAUGGAUUGUAUUAUCCAUGAUUACACUCUGACUCUGCAACUGAAAGUUCAAAAUUCAACUGCAAUAUAAAAGUAGAUUCCUCUUACUACAGAAAGCUUCAUUAAGAUUGUCUUCCAGUUUAACAGAAUAACAAGUAAAAACAAGUACUAAAAGUACAAAUAUAUUUAUUACAUAUCUUUAGAACUAUUACAGUAAAGACAUGUACUGAUUACUGUAUAUAUAUUUUGUAAAAAGGCUUAUUAAGAUGGAUAAUUUGAAAGUUUGAAACCUUCUGGUCGAUCAAGGUUAAACAUAAAUGAUAAAUGAACUACUUACUUCCCUUUAAAAGUUUGCUUGAUCAUAUUCUGUCUCCGUAAUUGGAAAGCAAACUAGAAAUUGUGUUGUCAUACUACUGUGACGAUAAAAUAUAAUUCCUGCAUGGACAACUUUGAACGAACAAAACUGACGAUAUAUUAGGGCAAUCUGGAUAAUUUUCGUUUUAAAAGCAUUGACAUAAUAUCUUUUACCCAUGGUGGAGCGAUGAGCUUGGUAAAACUUCGCAAAGUAUCUCAAAUUCGGGAAAAUUCACCUUGCUUCACGUUGUUCGCCAUACAUUUCUAUAGUAAUUUGUAUCACUCCGUGGUCCCCGGAAGUGAUUUUCGCAUAUAUAAUUUGGCUUCACUUUUCACAUCUGGAGAAGCUAUAUCCAGUCUACUAUUAGAUCAGUGAUCUCGCCGUGUUAAUUGAAAGCGCCCCUAGAACGAUAACGAAAAUCUGUAAUAAGAUGCUGAAAUGUAUUGAAUCUCUUUCCCAAUUGGGAGAAAUUUUUAUAGCUAUUUCCCUUUAAGCAAGCAGGACAGAAAUACAAAGACGACAGCUAUACAGUGUUGGUGCGAAUUGAUUUUGUAUAAUAUGUUAUCAAAAUAUAUCUUUAUAGGGUCCUGCCUUGGGAUGGUUGAAUACUAUUGAGGCUUUUCAGAAAACUGGUACCACAAUUCCUCUUAAUCUGAAGGUCAGUUUCGUUCAUACAUGCGAGAAUUAUCGUGCAACAAAAACGUGGUCUUGUACAUUAUAUUAAUAUCAUUUGUGUUGUCUUUAGUUUGUUUUUGAAGGCAUGGAAGAAAGUGGAAGCACUGGUCUGGACGAUCUUAUCGAGUCCGAGAAAGACGGAUUUUUCAAGGUACAACAAUUUAGUAAUUAUGGUUUUGUAUAUAAUAAUAUACAUAAAAAAAAUUAGUUAAAAAGCCCGCGCAAAGGCAUUUAAAUUUUCCGUGCAGGAUUGUCUAAUCCUGCACGGGUGUUGACAAAUCAAAUUGCGUGGUUCAAUGUACUGUAGUUAUUAUAUAAUGAGGUUUCUGUGACACUAAUCCUUUAAGGUCAGCAAAAAUGCACGGAUCUUAUACUAUUUGAGUCAUUUCACCCUGUCGAUGUCCAGGGUUUCUUCACUUCGUGCAAAAUAGGAAAAGUUUUGCACUUAAAAGUGCUUUUCAAUCACCAUAGUCGCUCAGAACAAAAUAAUUGCAUUUUUAUCACACGUUUUUAUUUCUUUAAAACAAUGUUUUUUCACUGUUUUAAUAAAUUUUUAUUUUUUCCUUAUUUAUUACCGUCUAGCGCAUUCUAAGCUUAGCCAAUCAUAAUUCAGCACGUGACAUAAGCGAGCCAAUAGCAUUUCGUUAUUUGUAUAGAUCAUGAACGCGUGAUAUUUGCAAAAUUUCGACUUCCAAAUGUUUGGGCGAAUAAGAAUGAACUGUUUACCUAAUAUUUAAUUGGGAAUUUUUUCAAUUUUAUAUAUAUAAAACAAAUAGAUUACAUUUUCCCGUUGUCUGUUCAGUUAUAGAUACACAGUAUGACGUCAUAUGUGGUAAGAACAAAAAGCGACCACUCGCUUAGGCCAUGGAUAAUAAAAUAAAUGGAUAGGAAACUAGCUGACGUGACCUAAUGUUUUUACUGGGAUUGAUGGCGUGGUUGGAUGCCUCAACCUAGUUGAAAAUCAAAUUCUCAAAAACGGCAUGUUUAGCAAUAAUACAGCUAAACAUUUUAGUCAAAGAGCAAAUAAAUAUAACCAUGCCAUUCUACGAUGAAAACUCUAAGUAUUCUCAGUCAAUUUUAGCAAAUAUUUCAAGCACUAAACAGUGAAAAAUACAUCGCAAAUUUCGUUAAAAUUUGUGACGCCAAUUUUGUAGCUACAAAUGUAAAAAAAUACAAAACAAAGACGAAAAACAUUUACCUUGAAUACUUUGUCGUGGCUUAGGCACGUUUUUAAAACAAUUAGACCAGUUUACGCUUCAAGAUCACCCUUUUAAAGUGGAAAAUAUAGCAAAACAACAAAUAUGCCGAGAACUUUGGUAACAUUCGCAAUACGCGUGACGUCACGUUUUUCAACAAGGAUGCAGUCAAUGACGUCAGAAGUUUCCAAUCCAUUUAUUUUAUUAUCCAUGCUUAGGCUUACACCUUUUCUUCUUACAUCAUGCAUAUGACGUCAUACUACAGAUGCAGAUAUUGCACAGCACACUCCCUAUCAGGGUUUUUCAGUGACUGGUUACAUUGUGAAUAGAUAGAUAGAACCGGAAGCAGACCGAGGUAGACUGCGAGCUUUCAAAUGGCGGUUUAAGCAGCCGCUAUUACUGUAGUCCAUACCUCAUUAAUGAUCUGCCCCCUGACCUAUGUGUUUAACCCACCCUGUCAACUUUCCCUGUGGGAGGAAACCGGAGUACCCGAAGAAAACCCACGACUUUCGCCAGAGCGUUGAGCUUUUUACUCUUUUCACAUGAGGACUGGGUUCGAGUCACAUUGAGAAGUUCUCGUUGAGAUUUGAACCUGCGACCUUAGAGGUGAAAGGCAAGUGCGCUAACCACUUCACCACCGAAGCCCCAUACUGUCAAUCUAACUGAACAGACAACGGUUAAAUGUAAUCUAUUUGUUAAUUAUUAAUCUUGAACAACAAUAGUACUGUUUGGUUCCUCUUCCCACUAUAUUCAGUGCAGUAUUUAGGAACUACGAUUAAUCAAGUCUUCCGCAACAAUUAAAUUGAAGAGUACCUAAUCGCACGUUUUUGUUCUUUUUCGAAGAGCGUUGAUUACAUCACCAUCUCAGACAACUAUUGGCUUGGUACCUCAAAGCCUUGCCUUACGUACGGACUUAGGUGAGUACCAACUAUAUUUGUUGUUUUAGAGCACUGGCCUCAGUUGUAUAUUAACUUGUCAUAUUGUGCUUCAUUUUAGAGGAGUAAUAUAUUUUCAUGUUACUGUCAAUUGUGCUGACAAAGAUUUGCACUCCGGAUCGCAUGGGGGACCUGUGUAAGUAAUAUUUCGAAAUUUUUCAUUCUUUGGCCAGGUGU